AUGCCUGUAUUCCAGUCUAAGAAAUUCCGAUCCAGUUCCUAUCAUCAUAGCUUCGGCGCUUUCUACAGGAAAAAUCUCAAUAGCCAUCCUUUUCUCCUCUUCGGCCUUCCUUUCAUCUUCACAAUCGUUGCGGGCUCAUUCAUACUCACACCCGCCACUGCGCUCAGAUACGAACGACAUGAUAGAAAAGUGCAGCAGAUGACCAAGGAAGAGGAGUUGGGCAUCGGCAAGGAUCGGCGGAGAGUGGAUAUCAAUGAAGAGUAUUAUCGUUUGGCUGCCAAGGAUCUGGACGAUUGGGAAAACAAAAGGGUCAAAAGAUUACCAGGCGAGAAUGAUGGAGUAUGA